AUGUUGUCUUUUCCAACUGGUUCCCUUCUACUUCGAGAGUUGAAGCUAUUUAACGCUCCCUUCCACGAAUCAUUGUCCUACUUGAAGCAUACCAACCCACACUUAUACUACCGUUUCCUUUCUUACUUUCAGAAUAGGACAAGCCUUUCCGACUUAAGAAUGCCCCUUGAGAAGCCUUUUUCCGUCUUCGUCCACUUACCCAGAGACAUUCCAAAUCUUGCUUGGUCUUUUUCGAAGAGAACACCUUCACUCCUCCAUGAAGAUGGAGAGAAGAAAGAUGUGGAAUCAAGGGGAGAAAAUAUUGAGAAGAUGAAGGAAGGUGAGAUAAGGCCGAUGACAAUUGCCAUGCCCUUCGAACCUCCUCCACCACCAAUCAAGUCGGACAGUCUGCCCACCAUUUCUGUGACCCUAAUGAGAUCAAGGAGGAUAUGUGAUCUUCCUUGGUAUGACAGAGAAGUAAUGGGUUCCGAAGCUCAAUACAUCCUUUAUGAUGAAGAUGCCACAAGUGAGACAAUCUCCGAACGAAGAGGUGGAAUUCGUGUUGAAGAGGAAGGAGAAGAGGAGGUAGAAGUGUUAUCAAGACGCAGAGACCUCCGAGGAACAUUUGAAAUCAAGAGGCUGAGUGAUGAAAAGCUGGAAUAUGGAAUAGAGCCUGAGAAGACGUGCUUGAGAGAGUCCACACUGCCUCACUUCAUUCUCAAUUGUUCGUGUGAGUCAGAAGAAGAAGAUGAGGAAGAGAAGCUCGCCACCAAUUCUCCACACCCUUCUACUGACGAUACGGAAGUUGCCGCCUCCAUCACAUCACCGUCAACCACACGUCGUCAAUGGUUCAAGGGUUUGCGGAGUCGUCUUCGGCGUAUUUUCCUGUGUUGCAAUAUAUUCGACGAGGACUAG